AUGGAUCCUCCUCCGAGGAAUCUUCCGCCGUCGCGUCGCAAAAUCGACGUGGACAAGAACAGUUCGAACCAAACAGAGUUAGGGAGCUUGAAUAUUGAAGAUAUGCUCAAUGCUGCAUCACCUGGUAUAUGUAUGGCGAAAUAUCAGUUAUAUCCAAGGCACGUUCUUCAAUUUAUGGAGUCACCAGAAUACAAUAGGUUUACACAUAUAGUCCUCGAUACUACUCCCACGGAACAUACUCUGCGGCUUCUUUCUCUGUCCGAUUUCUAUGAUUCUUCAAUUGGCAAAAUAAAGCUUAGCUUAGUUGUAUUUGAUAUUCAGCUCAAGAAGAAGAUCACUGCGGCAGCUUCAGCCUUUAUGUCUGUCUUUGGUAAAAAGGAGAUACAACAACAAAGACCUUCCAACGAGUUGGACCAACUGAAAGAGAGAAUGGAGAAAGUUCUAAAUGUUUUCAGUGAAGUGGACACUACUGAGUUUGUCAUUGAACAAACGCGUGUGCUCAGACUUAUUCAGGACGAUACGAAGCAUUUGACUAGGGACAUUUUGAACUCAUGUUGCUACAAAAAGCAGCUUCACGGUUGGUAUGAGCUAUACAGUGACAACUAA